AUGGCUGGCUCCGCUCUCCGCAAGGGCUACCUAGUCCUCUACAAUGCCGCCUCGGCCGUCGCCUGGGCGACCAUCCUCGGCCGUGUCGCGUCCGUCUACUUUGCCAAGGGCGCGCCCUUUGUGCCGCUGGUCGUCGAUGACUUUGCUCGUGUUACGCAGACUUUCGCUGUGAUGGAGAUAUUCCAUGCUCUUACCGGCAUCGUCCCCGCCCCCAUCUUCACCACCGCCAUGCAAGUCGCCUCGCGCCUCAUGCUCGUCUGGGGCAUCUCCUAUCCCUUCCCGCACCUCAACACUUCGGCCUGGUACUCCUCCAUGCUGGCGGCCUGGUCCACCACCGAGGUGAUUCGGUACAGCUACUUUGCGCUCAAGCAGGUCGACUUCGUGCCCUACUCGCUGCACUGGUUGAGGUAUAGCGCCUUCCUUUUGCUGUACCCAUUGGGUAUCAGCUCCGAGGUGGCCAUGAUCAUCAAGGCGCUCGUGGGUCCGGCCGAUAAGCUCGCGACUUGGUAUCCUUAUGCGCUGCUUGCGGUUCUGUUGUCGUAUAUCCCUGGCUCGGUCGUGCUGUAUAGCCACAUGUUGAGCCAGAGGAGGAAGCAGGUUGGUGGUGCCGCUGGUGCCGCUAAGAAGGAGAAGAAGAGGCAGUGA